AUGGGAAAUUCACAGACCAAGGAGGCCCGUUCCUCGGUGUCGCCUUCCCUGCGACAUCGAUCACUGUCCGACCAAACGCACUCUCCAUACCAUGGCGGCGAUGGCUCGCGCUCGCAUCGUUCGAGCAGACCUGAUCUCUCCUUCCUCGGAAUCGGCACAUCCGGAGAGCGAGCCUCGGCCGCCAAUGAACACCGUCGAGAAACGAAACAGGACAGAGAGGCUCGCCGUUUAGAGCGGGAGCGUCUUGCGCGUCUACAGGAGCGCGAGAGAAGCAUGAAGGAAGAGCACGUCGAUGGAGGCUAUUUGGUCACGCAGGGUGUCUACGUCGGUGUGGAGGAUUUUGGCAAAGCCGUUGUCCGCCAGCUAAUGAUUGAACGAAGAUUAGCUCCAUUUUGGAGAGGAUUGAACGAUUUCUCCGACUCGUGGACAGAACACCAGUUGAUGGCUGCGGCUCGAGGAAUCCCUAUCCCUCCCCCAGAUGAGAUCCCUCCCGAAUUACAAUAUUCACUUCCAUCACAAGGCCCCGACAGCGGCACUCAAUCCCCGGAAAAGAGUACCCAGUUUCUGGCCGUCCCGGAUUCCGCGCGAUCGCCGUCAUUCAACUCCGAUCUAAGCCAUACGCCUACCAUAAGCCCGAUGCAGUCUUUACCCCUUCCUUCCUCUCCUAUUGCAUCGGGGACCUCUAGUUCGCCGCUUUUCCGAGGUCGCGCGAAGACACUGGCUGCUUUGACUAGCUCAAAAAACAAUUCCACUACCGACAUGGCCCCGCGUGAAAUUCAAUUACCAAAGGACCCGUUCGUUAACGGCCAACCUAUCGAGGCGUAUUUGUACAAAGAUGCCAGCGAAUGUCCGAUCUGCUUUCUUUACUACCCUCCAUAUCUGAACCGCACUCGAUGCUGUGAUCAGCCAAUCUGCUCAGAAUGUUUUGUUCAGAUUAAGCGACCGGACCCUCAUCCUCCAGAGCACGGGGAGCAAGACCAACCUGCCGCUACCGAGAAUGACACCGGCGGCGAGAAUGCGGGUGCUGACCAAGAAUCUCAGCUUGUGUCUGAGCCAUCGGCCUGCCCAUUCUGUGUUCAACCCGAAUUCGGAGUAACAUAUGCUCCUCCUCACUUUCGACGAGGACUUGCUUAUGCAAGCCUUGGUGGUUUACCUAUUUCCCCCGUAUCGUCCAAUUCUUCUCUUGUUUCAGCCGUAGCGCCGAACAGUUCCUCUGCGUCGCCAAGAGGACGUCGCAGAGCGACCUCUCUUUCAGCUAAUGACCCGAGUGUUAUUACCACUGACAAAAUCCGUCCAGACUGGGCUCAAAAGUUGGCUAAUGCAAGGGCGCAUGCUGCGCGCCGUUCAGCUGCAGCGACUGCUCUGCAUACUGCCGCCUACCUUAUGAACGGGAAUGGGACGGAAGGAAGAGGCGUUGGGCGACGAGGAGUUUUACGACGCACUGGUGGAGGCAGUUCAGGGACCCAAACUCCUGCAAAUCGACCCACUGGCGGCUCUCAAGCGCUCCAUGCUCUGGCUUUUUUAUCUGAAAGACGUGCAGCGGAGCAGCAGGCGAACGAAAGCGGCACGGUUGCCCCUCCUCGCGGCAGCUCUAGACGGAGCAGAAUCGAUGAUCUAGAGGAGAUGAUGAUGAUGGAGGCUAUCCGAAUGAGUUUAGCAAGCGAGGAAGAGCGACGCCGGAAAGAAGAGAAGGAAGCGCGCAAGGAAGCUAAAAAGAGAGAGAAGGAUGCAAAGAAGGCGGAGAAAUCGAUGCGCAAGAACGGCAUCUACAGCAAUAGCCAGACAAAUUCCACCCUUUUCAGUAGUGGAACAUUCAGUCGAGUUGAUAGCAGUUCGUCAUCGGUCACUGGAGAGGAGCAGUCUAGCGGAAAUAAAGGUAAAGGUGUGGACCGCGCCUCUGCAGUUGCCGAAGAAUCAGUGGAUGUUACUACAUCACAAACACAAUCAGACAACCGUACUGAUGCCAUCCAACCUUCCCCGACCGAACCAUCGCGACCGUCACAUCUAAGGCAUAUGUCGAGUGCUUCCUCAACAUCGUCCUCGUUUCUUGAAUCCGGAGCCGGCGAGCAACUAGCUACCGGUGCCCAGCCGAGUGAAUCAAACGCGGCACUAGAGCCCAUGUUCAAUUUUCGCAGCCUCGCAGCUGUAAUUGGCGACGAGGAGAAGGCGGAGGCUGCUGAGCAUGUCGAGGAUUCCAUUCAACAAUCAUCCGACUCGAAACCCUCUGUGUCGGAGCAGAAGGAAGCUGCAGCUGAGCCAGUUACAAAUCCAGAUGUGGCAGCUAUAGGAAGCGAACCUGCGCAGAAUUCUAUCGCAGGGAUGGCCCCGAAAGAAAUCAACCCUCACUUGAUCGAAGUUUCUCGUGAAGCUACUGUGUAG